GUCGGGUCAAUAACAAGUCGUGGUGAUUUUGAAUCAGGUUAGUAAUAGAUCGGGUUGAAUUUUUUGGUCGGAUUGGUUUUAAGUUUGGUAAAAUUUGGGUCAGGUUAAUAACAAUUUUUUUUUUAAAGAGUGAAAACUAGUGGCGGCUAAAGGGGAGAGUAGUAAGAGUGAAGAGGUAUAGUGAAGUAACACGAGAGCACUGGAACACUUCAACGUGUCGUCCUUAUACCAUUCUUGUUCUGUUGCGCUGUCUUCCCGUUUAUUUUCCUCCUCUCAAUUUUUUUAUUUUUUAUUUAUUUAUUUUCAAAAAUUAAAAAACAAAAACGAAAAAAAGACUACCCAACGAAAGACUUUGCUACGACUUCCUUCUUCACAAGAUUGGAGGAGAAAAAAUAAAUAAAAUUUAGAGAGAGAAAAUUAAAAAAUAAAAAGUACCCAAAAUUAUAUUUUUACAAUUUGAUUUUUGGGUGGAAUUUCAAAUUAAUUUUGAUAUAUUCAAUUGAAAGUUUCCCCCAAUUUUUCGAAAUUCUCAAAAUUUUAGGGUUCUUAUUGUUAAUUCUCUUUUGUUUCAUCAAGCGAGAAUUUUUCUUCCAAAAUCUCUAGGCUGAUCUAGGUUAAACACUUUGCAGGUUCAAAGUUGAAUAUCUGUGAUUGAUGCCUUUUUAAGUGCUUAACUGAAGCAUGCCAUCAAAAUCUAUUUUGGCAAGCCAACCCGAGCCUAAUUCCCAAACUAAUACUCCACCAUCAGCAGCUUGUUCUGAUCAGUGGUGGCGAGGGGCUGGAUAUGGUCCAUUGCCUCUAACUGAUGCAGUUGGAAGUGUUCCUAAACCAACAUUGCUAAACCAUCCAGUUGAGAUGUCGGGAUCUAAAGAUGACCAGUCACUGUCAAAUGCGGGGGAUGAUGAAGAAGAGACCAGCAAAGACUCAGAAACUACAGGUUCUACUUCUACCCCUCGAGACGGUAGCUGUGGGCACGAUCUUCAGAAAUCGCAAUAUGGUGAGUCUGGUAUGUCUCUUGGAAGUGCAGAUUACUAUUCACAGCAUCCACAGCUAGAACUUGUUGGUCACUCAAUUGCCUGUGCGUCAGCUCCUUAUCCUGAUCUCUACUAUGGAGGAAUGAUGGCUGCCUAUGGAUCUCAGCCCCUGGUUCCUCCCCAGUUUUUUGGGAUGCAUCAACCUAGGAUGCCUCUACCUCUUGAGAUGGCACAAGAACCUGUUUAUGUUAAUGCUAAGCAGUACCAUGGAAUCUUGAGGCGGAGGCAGGUCCGUGCUAAAGCUGAGCUGGAAAGGAAACUUAUCAAAAUCAGAAAGCCAUAUCUCCACGAGUCUCGCCACCAACAUGCUUUGAGAAGGGCUAGAGGUACAGGAGGACGUUUUGCCAAGAAGGGUGAAGCUGAAGGUUCUAGCCACUCUGCUGAUGAGAAAAAUAAAUCAUCAGAUGCAGGAGGGUCCCAUUCGCAUGAGGCCCAUGAAGAACUGGCUGACAUGUCCAACGGUUCGGGAGGAACUAGAACUGGAGAAGGUCAGUCGAACCAGCAAUGGGGUAACAGCAUGUCUAAUGACCAGGCUCCACAAUGUGCACUAGCCAUCUGAAAGUUUGAGCAUAACGAGGGAGUCGAGAAUUCAACUACCUGGAUAGAAGAUGUAUAUGUCCUAUUUCUCUUAAUCUUUUUAUGGCAGAUUGGAUCUUCUUUUGGCCUUAAAUGGCCAAGCGGCAAAUCAUUCUUGGCUGGUUAAUAGUGCUUGUGGGUGUCAGGGAGAGUAGGAUAAACUUGGAUAGCAAAUAUUAGCAGUUUGAUGGCCUUUGUGUUUAUCGGCAUACCCUCUGGAUUAUGUACAGUUUGUAGUUUUUAUUUUUCUGUAGUUCAGAGCUUUAGGUUAGUGAGGAAGGAUAAUGAGGCUAAGAUAUCAUCAUUUGGUAGCUUGUUAUGUUCGAUCUUGAUGACUUUUACUUCAUUUUAGUACUUUGUAUAGUUGGUAGGUUUAUGGUGCUAUUAGGUUCGUAUUUGAGAUAUUACUAUACUCUUGGCUGGCUACAGCUCAUAAAGUGUUUGGAACAAUAGGUUUACUGAGAUUUUGUGUUUAACCAUUC